AGGCACUUUGCUUCUGAGCUCAGUUCAGUCCCCGGCAGGCUAGCAUUAGCUGAGCACCAGGGAGACAUCCAAGGCAGGAGGACAUGUGGCUGCUCCUGGUUCUGUUCCUUCCCAUCGUCCAAGGCUCAUAUCCCCUCAUGGCAGUGUCAAAUGCAGUGAAUGGCCCCAUGCGGGGCUCGCUGACCGUGCAGUGUCGCUAUGAACCUGGGUGGGAGACCUACAAGAAGUGGUGGUGUCGAGGAGCUAAUUGGGACAACUGCCGUAUCCUUGUGAAAACCAAUGGAUCAGGGGAGAAAGAAAAGGUUAACCAAGUGUCCAUCCAGGACAAUCAGAAAAUGAACAUGUUCACCGUGACCAUGGAGGAGCUCAGGUGGAACGAUGCAGACACCUAUUGGUGUGGGAUUGAGAAAUCUGGAACUGACCUUGGGGUCAAAGUCAAAGUGACCAUUGACCCAGUGACCAUGCAGUGUCACUACAGCCCAGAGUGGGAGACCUACGUGAGGUCCUGGUGUCCAGAUGCUGAUCUGAGUAGCUGCACCAUCGUUGUUCAAACCGCUGGAUCAGAGCUGAAGAAGAACCUUGUGUCCAUCAAUCAGAAAAUGCACACAUUCUCCAUGACCAUAUGGGGAGAGUAAAACAACUUUUGAAAAAAAAUGACCUGUUGUGUUUCUGAGUUGCUCCCAGACGUUUUACAGAAUGGCAUCCCUGUUCACACCCGAAAUCUGGAAAUUCAGAGAAGGACCCAAGCUUAGAAUUCUUCCAUAAGUUCCUUCUUUGCUUUUUCUGGGGCACCUUUUAAAUUAACCACUUGGAUUUCAUUCUGUGAAAAAUCAGUGACCUCUUCCCCGACCCCCUUGUAAGUCACAGAGGCUCUCAGUCUCCUGCUUGUUCGUGGUCCAGGAUGGGGGACUGCCCUUCCUCAGGCUCUCCCCUGGAUCUGUAAACAAUAAAUGUUGUGACUCUG